GAUCACGGAGGGGUGAGUGUAUUUUAGUUUCCUCAGCCACGCUGCAGCAUUUAGCAAUGCUGGUUUAAAUGAUCUUCCACUAACAUGGCUCUGAGGUGGCUCAAUCAGCAAAACCAUAACGCCAACUUCAUAGGUUUCAGUGCUGACCCUGCUGGGGGGGAGCAGGCUCUGCCAAUGGACAACAGGAGGAUCCAGCUCCUGGCCAACAUAGUGGGGACUCUGCCCCGCGGGCGCAAGCAGCUUGCCUUAGCCAGAUCCAGCUCCUUGGAUGACUCCUCCAGGCCACAAAGACACCUUGUUGCUAUAUUGAAAGAAGAUAAAGAGGCAUUUGGGUUUGAAAUCCAGACUAUAAGAUUUCCAAACCAAAAUGAUUACUCCCCGGAGGUAUGCACUUGUGUCUGCAAAAUUCAGGAAGAAAGUCCUGCCUAUCUUUCUGGCCUUCAAACUGGUGAUAUCCUUGCCAGUAUCAAUGGUGUGAACACUGAUGGCUAUAGUCACAAGCAGAUAGUGGACUUAAUAAAGUCUUCAGGGAACUAUUUAAGGUUAGAGACUGUCAAUGGGGCCAUGUUUGUGCGGAAGAUGGAGCUCGAGACCAAGCUGCAGCUACUGAAGCAAAGUCUGCAGCAGAAAUGGGUGGAGUUGCGCUCUCUGCUCUUACAGGAACAACGCUUGCUGCACGGGGAGGUGAAUGACAAUGCACUGCCGGGUGCACUGGAGCUGGAAGAGGCCAGCUUGCUCAGUGGCGGCAGCUCGGUAGGACACCUCUUUCCGGUGAAGCCUCGCUUCUCCAGUGAGAGCAGCUCCCGCAGCCGGCUGAGCUCGAUGACUGUGGACAGCGAGGACAGCUUCUACCAAAGCUGCGCCUUUGAGGAUUCAGCUGCAGAGAGUCUGAGCCGCCAGUCGAGCGUGGAUGAUGACUGCUUCUUCCCCAAGGACGGAGAUGGUGCUCCUGGGAGGUCGUCACUGAGGAGGAUCCGCAGUAUCAGCCUGGCCAGCAGCGGGUCCAUGUCUCCCCUCUGGGAGGGCAGCAGCUGCACCAGUACUUUUGGGACCCUCCCGAGGAAAAGCAGGAGACCCAGUGUCCGAAAGAAUAUUUUGAAGUUCAUUCCAGGCCUUCACCGGGCAGUGGAAGAGGAAGAAAGUCGAGUCUGACGUUGCAUGUCCAUCCUUGAUGUCCAGGGCUCUGCACGUGGGACUGCUACAUGGCCUGGGACCACGGGCAGCAGCUCAGUGGAGGCAUGCAGUGGGUGAUGCGUGGUGGUGCUGCAUGGCAGUCCUCCAGACAACAGUACUGAUGAUAUUUAAAAAGCUCUGGGAUUUUCAAGUAUUUUAAUUUUUAAUCAGAUCAAACUGUGGACCUCUUCAUUAACUUGAAAAAUGACUAACUCUAAACCAUGAAGAACCUUUGCAGAACUUCCUCAGCAUACUUUAGUGUUAAUAACAGUUUUUAAUUGAAUGCAAAAUUGGUUGAUAGCUAUUUAUUUCCUGUUACCAAAGUCAUAGUCUUCCAAAGGUCUUCAAUAAAGCAAGUGCUUCUACUAAAACCAGUGACAGGCUGCCCUUAGAAAGAGGAUGGAGGCCAGAGCAUAUGACAGAGACAGACCCUGGGCAGCAACAUUUUGAAAUGAAGGGCAGAGAUUUACCCAUGGUAAAAAGAAAAUGAAAGGGUGAACUCCACAACUCAGUUCCCAGUCUCCAAAGCAGGGAUCGGUUCUGCUGUUCAGCUGAGCCGACAGCACUGAUAGAUUUACAAAGUAAAUGCUGGCUGCUGUCAGUUUCUCACUCUUAGCAGCCAUUGUAUAAACCUGCAAUAAACUGGUUUAUUGGUUGUGAUUUGACCAGCUGCAAUCUCUGCCAAUAGCUGGUUUGGCAUCUCUUGCCAAACCUGUCUUGCUCCAGGGAUCUGAAGUAGAAAGGAGGCUGCUGAGAAUGCACACAGGACAGGCUCUGUGCAUGAGGAGCUGGUGGUGUCCAUGUGCUUGCUGCUUUGAGCAACUCCACAUGUUCGGAGCAGGGGGCACCAGUCACUAAUGCACCCCUUAUACGCCCUGGUGUCAAACGAGCAUAGUGGGGAGCACCAGCAGCAUUGAGCAGAGGUGCCAACAGGCUGGUAGCUCUGUGGAGAGAGCACUCCCCAGGGAAAAGCAGUGAGGUGAGUAUGUCUGUGUGAUCUGGGAGGGAGGCAAGGGGGCUGUGGCAGUGACUGCUGUGGGAGGCUGCAGAUGAUAGGCAGCGGGGAUCUAGCAAAGGGUGAUGGGUCUCUUCAUUUCCUACUUCUCAACGCAGAUCUGUGGUGCCAGUCUUGCUGGAAACAGAGCUUUCUGCAAGGUGUCAGAUUGGCAAGAAUCACCAGAGUGCUGGGGUCUCCCUGCACCCCUGGAGGGCAUGGUGUUCUAGUUGCCUGGCUGGAAUUUUACUGGACUUGAGAACAUACUUGUCCACUUAUCAUGAUGUAACGAUAUAGCUCAGAUUGAUCUCACCUCUUUAAGGUGAGAGAAGUAAAGGCAGAUGAUUGUCCUGCAGGGAUGAGUAGGAUUGCCCUGCGCCUGGAGACAGUUGCAGGUUGUACCCUGGGGACCUCCUUAGAGGGCUGUGCCUGAGACGUGGUCCCUCUGAGGUCCAGGGGCUGCAGGAGAUGGCCCUGGGGUUGGUGCUUCCACUGCAUUGUCAGGAAGGUCACUAGGUGUUCACAUUUCUUCAGGAGCAGAGACUUCAUCAGUAAGAUUAACUUGAUAGCUCAUAUGAAGUGAUUUAAUAAAUAAGGGAAUAAAUGUGAAGAAAAAGAAAAAUUUUAUUUCCCCCUCAGGCAGCAGGGAAAUAGGCUGUUUGCUUAGCCCAAGCAACCCGAUUAUGUUUUUCAAAUACAAUUUAAAGAAUUUUAAAUAUAAUUUAAAUACCUUGUAUGAGUCAUUCAUCUUUUGACCCAGCAGACCAUGCAGUUAUUUACCACUUGGGUACUGCUGUGGCAGGAUUUCCUGAUCUUUUCAUAAAUCUCAGGCUAAAUCCAAUAGUUUCCCUCUGAGAUGAACCCCAAAUAAAAACAACCUGUUCCCAA